AAUGCCUUGGAUUAAAGCAGGCAGGCUUCUCCAGCACAUGAAAUCCGUGUGGAAGCAGUGUCGAUCCUGCAUGUCAGCAGCUUCCACAGCCCACCACCCUGACAGCUCAGAAUGGAGGCAUCCUGCCUGGAACUGGCCCUGGAAGGAGAGCGCUUGUGCAAGGCUGGGGACUUCAAAGCUGGGGCAGCCUUCUUCGAAGCAGCAGUGCAGGUGGGGACAGAGGAUCUGAAGACUCUCAGUGCCAUCUACAGUCAGCUGGGCAAUGCUUAUUUCUACCUUAAGGAGUACUCCAAGGCCCUGGAGUACCAUAAACACGACCUUACCCUGGCCAGAACCAUUGGGGACCGCAUUGGAGAAGCCAAGGCAAGUGGCAACCUCGGGAAUACACUGAAAAUACUAGGACAGUUUGAUGAAGCUGUUGUUUGUUGCCAGAGACACUUGGACAUUUCUCAGGAGCAGGGAGACAAGGUAGGUGAAGCCAGAGCACUCUAUAAUAUAGGAAAUGUUUACCAUGCAAAGGGAAAGCACUUAUCUUGGAACACGGCCCAAGACCCAGGCUACCUGUCUCAAGAAGUCAAGGAGACUCUACAGAAAGCUUCAGAAUAUUAUGAGAGGAACCUGUCCCUGGUGAAGGAGUUGGGAGACAGAGCUGCACAGGGCCGUGCUUAUGGCAACCUUGGCAACACCCAGUACUUACUUGGCAAUUUCAGUGAAGCAAUAGCCUUCCACAAGGAGCGCCUUGCUAUUGCUAAGGAGUUUGGGGACAAGGCAGCCGAGCGGAGAGCAUACAGCAACCUGGGCAAUGCACACAUCUUCCUUGGGAGGUUUGACAUCUCUGCUGAGUACUACAAGAAAACUCUCCAGGUCUCCAGACAGCUCAAGGACCAGGCGGUAGAAGCCCAGGCUUGCUACAGUCUUGGAAAUACAUACACACUGCUUCAAGACUAUGAAAGAGCAAUCGAGUACCAUCUAAAACACCUGGUGAUAGCACAGGAGCUGGGAGACAGGGUGGGAGAAGGAAGAGCCUGCUGGAGUCUCGGAAAUGCCUAUGUCUCCCUGGGGAGCCAUGAACAAGCUUUGCACUUUGCAAGGAAACAUCUUGAAAUCUCCCAAGAGAUUGGGGACCGGAAUGGAGAGCUGACAGCACAGGUGAACAUGGCCCAGCUCAGGACGGCCCUCGGCUUGGGACCUGGGGAUGAGGACAUGGGUACAGCUCACCACUAUUCUGGCUAUGAAGCACAAGGAGCCAGGCCAAAGAGACUCCAAAGGAACAGCAUGGACAGCUUAGACCUCCUGAAGUUCCCUUCUGAAAAGGACCAGAACGGGGACAGCCAUCAUGUGGGAGACCUGAAGAUCUCAGGAAAAGAGUUCUUGUCGUUACCUGCGAGGUCAAAGAAAUACCGGGAGCACCAAUCCAGUUCAGAGAGAAAGUCCCAGGGGUCAAGUACAUCACCACUGGAUACCAGCGAAGUCCGUGUCCAGGUGUCACAGUCGAAAAUCAACCGGACCCCUUCGGAUGAGGAAUGUUUCUUUGACCUGCUGAGCAAGUUCCAGAGCAACCGGAUGGAUGAUCAGCGCUGCCCCUUGGAAGAAUGCCCGUCGGAGGCUGCAGAGGCGGCUGCCACCCCGGUCCCUGCCCUGGAAGAACGGAUCUCACAGUCCUCCCUGAUGGCGUCUCCGCAGACGGAGGAGUUCUUCGAUCUCAUCGCCAGCUCCCAGAGCAGACGCCUGGAUGACCAACGGGCCAACGUGGGCAACCUGCCAGGCCUGAGGAUAACACACAACAACCUGGGGCACCUGCGUGUGGAGGGGGACGCCCAGGAGCCCGGGGACGAGUUCUUCAACAUGCUCAUGAAGUGUCAGUCCUCCAGGAUCGAUGACCAGCGCUGUGCCCCCCCAGACUCCAUCCCCCGCGGCCCCACGAUGCCGGAUGAAGAUUUCUUCAGCCUCAUCCAGCGUGUCCAGGCCAAGCGCAUGGACGAGCAGCGGGUAGACCUGGCCUCGGCCCAGGAGGAGGCAGCAGAGGAGCAGCAGAAGCCUGGGUCCAGCUAAGAACUGGGGUUUGCUUUGGGGGGGUUGUUUUGGUUUCAUUUUGUUUUUUAAGAAGAAAAAAAAAACCCGAGUGCUCCUGUGCUACCACAGACUUGUCCCAGGAGCCGUCCCAGGACACGGGGAGCUGCUGCUCCAGGGAGGCAGCGUUACAGGAAGGCCCCACAGGAUGGGGGACAGUUUUUAAACAAGGGUUUUUUUAAGGACACGCAGCCGCUGUAACACUGGGCACAGCACGAGGGAAGAAGAUUUUGGCAGCCCCCUUUGCUUAUCACCUAAAACUCCAGUCCAGGAACAGGAAAAAUCCUGUCAGCCAAAGGAGAAGCUCAGAGUGGGUAAUUAACUCCAGCCUUGAUGUUUUUUAUUUCCACAACACUUUUAAUUUAAUGGGGGAAGAGAAGAGCACCUUCUCCAGUUUGAAGUCCUCCUGUCUUGUCUGCAUCACGAGGUGACACAAAUUCCUCUGGAUCCUUCCCUGGAACGUCUUGUUCAGCUUUGCUGUUUCUACAGGAGGAAACGAGCCCAAGUCAGAGGCUCCACUGCUCCUUUUAAACCUCCCCCCUUGUCCCAGCUGCACUCACGGUCCCACACACCCUCCAGUUUAUUUUGGUUUGCUGAGGACUCUGCAGUGAGCCCUGUGACCCCGCUGUGCCUCCCCCGCCGCGGUCCUGUGCAGAGCUGUACCGGGACCCUCCGAGCUGGAGCAAGACCUUGCUCAACCUGAGCUUUAGUGGAAUUUGGUCACCUCUGGAGAGCAGCCUCCGCCUGGGACAGAGCCUGAAAGGCAACUGCCAGCUGCACAGUCCCUGCUGCAGCCCUGGGACAGGGGCCUGCGCCUGGGAGGGGAGGGAGGAAAUCUCUGCCCAUCUGUUCAGCGCCAGGCGAAGGUGGGCAGCUCCUGGCUCCUGGCACCGCUGAGCCACAGGCUCCAGCAGGAUUGUCCCGUGUGCAGGUGAGUGUGCCCGAGGCAGAACCCUGCCUUCGGCAAUGACCUGCUUCAUUUUCUGUCCACGGCCCAUCAGGAGAGCAAGCAGGACCAUCCCCUCCUCCCUUUUGUGUCCAACAGCCCUCACCUCCCCUUGUUUCUCCCCAAAUCAGUGCUGAGCUUCUCCCCGUCCCUGCUGGUCCCGGCAGAGCUGCUCUCGGCACAGCACUCCAGUUUUGCCCCAGUCUGUUUCCACUAACUGCAGCCUCCCCAGAGCUGCAGAGUGGGUGCUGGCUGGGGAGUCAGUUCCAACCCCCACACAAGUGCAAGGGUCUGCAUUUACCUUCAUUCCUUACCCUUUUGGAACGGCUGGAAAAGCAAGCCCGGGGAGGAGGGAGCAGGGGUCUAAUGUCAGGAGGUGGAGUAUUUUUCCUUUGCUUGACCAGACAGGCUCUCUUGGACUUCAGCAACUCCAGUAACGAGUCCUGCCAAAGCAGAUACGUUCCUGUAGAGAACAAAUCAGCACUUUCUAUUUGACGUGCAUUUUGAUGGAAACAUUUCCAACCAGCAGUUAAGACUUUUAGACCAGUGAUGCUGCUCACAGGGCACUUACCCUGCCUGACUGACCACGUGGAGGGGCAGCUGCAUUUCACCCCCUGCCCAGGAGCACUCGACGGCUCGGCCGAGGCUCAGCUCCUCCCUGGGGCCACCCAGGGCCCUGGAGAAGGGAUUGGAGAACCUGCCCAGCCACCUACAGAACUUGUGUUGGUAAAGAGGAGGAAGACAUUGAAGAUGAAGAUGACUUGACCAGCUGCAGGCUGGGGCCUGUGCAGCUCUCAGCCAGGUGGCGAACUGGAAUCUGACCGUUAAGCUUUCAGAGGUGUUAAUUAUUUGCCAUAUACUUGAAUGUAUGAGCUUAUUUAUUUUUUACAUGUGCAUUUGCUAAUGUCAUUUUAAUGGGGAAAUUUCCAACCCACAGGUACUUUUUUUUUCUAAAAAAUAAUCUGCCAAAUGAAUUAAUAUAUUAGAAAUGAAUACAGCUGAAGGGGAAGGGGGGGUUUGUGCUUAAUAAAUAUUUGUGUCUAAGCUUCA